AUGGACGACGGUAAAUUCAUUACAAGAAAAGUGUAUUCAAAGUCAAGCAAACCUCCUGCUACCCAAGACCAAAUUCCGUGUACUAGGAGUUUCGGCACAAAGACGACAGCAGAAGAAGAUCAAACAGUUAAACAGCUUGGUGAGAAUUCUCCAUCCAGGGACUUUGUCAAGAGACAAGUUUGAAAGCCGGUUUUAACCUCGACAUGUCGAAAGAAAAACUCGAAAAGCAACGAAACCAAAGAAUUCUCAUCAUGAGCAAGGCAAAAGUAGAAAAUCAAUGAAGCCAAAAAUUCCUAUACAGGGUGUAUAAAAAAAAACGCAACCUCAGAAUUUCCCAAGAAAUCGACAUGGUUUUAAAGACAAAAGAUUUUAGGCGCCUGGGAAUUUAAAAUAGCACAACUGUCAAAAUUAUUGCACACGCGAGUGGAUAAAGCAAAAUUUAUGCAUUUAUUUAAUGCACGACAACAGUAAUAUGAUCUAUUAGCAAUUCGAUUUCAAUUCCCACGGGCCUAAAAUCUUUUAUGCUUAAGAAUUGCAAAGUGAUUUCUUAGGAAAUUCCGAGGUUGCGUUUUUUUUAUACACCCUGUACAAGCUGAAAACAAUAAGAUCAGUGAGCUGGAACGAACGAUCAAGAAUAUUGAACAGGAAAAUGAGUCGCUCAAAACAAUUAUGCAAUGAGUUCAAUCAAGCACUCAGUGAAAAAGAAGACAAUGAAAAUCAUCGCCCGUGGCAAAUUUUCAAGCCAAAACAGACCAUCAACUUGAAAGGCAAACAAGACUAAAGAACACGCGAAUGGACAGCCCAAAAUACAAUUCAUCUAACAUCCUCAAAUCAAUAUGAAAGCCUUGAAAGCAAAGAAAUCCAAGAGAUCGUGACAGAAACCGAUAAGCCAACAAAUGUAGAAAACAAGGAUAAACCUAAAAAUAAUGCAGAGAAUUCCAAACGACGCAUCCACCGAAAAAGCAUGGCUGUACAGUCAUAAUCGGCGAUUUUCUACUCAAAUGUCUUCGCCAGCAUUCAAUAUCAAAAGCGUUUAAGACUAAAACGACAGUUAAAUGCUUUCCAGGAGCGAAAGUUGAUCAUUUGAAUCACUAUUGUAUUCCAGUUUUGGCAACGAAGCCUAAACACGCGAUCAUACACUGUGGAACAAACGAUCUACGGAAUAAAAAUCCGCAAGAAAUAACCAAGCAGAUGGGGGCUUUAUGUGAUUUUAUCGUGGAAAAAUGUCCUGAUAUUCAUAUCACGGUAUCAUCUUUGAUCACUAGAAAUGAUGAUCAAGACAAAAAAGUCACCGAAGUAAAUACGCAACUUCAAUCACUAUGCUUACAGAAGGAUCUUAUAGCUUUCUACUGCAUGACAACUUAG